AUGACCGAUGUCCUCGCGGAGCCCAAGACGUCGGUGAUUGUGAACGAGCGAAAGCGCAUCACCUCCAAAUUUGUCGACGGCAGCGAGAUGGUGGAGGAGUACGACGUCAUCACCGACGAUCUGCUGCUUCGGAAGCGCCGGGCGAAGACGGCGCUCGGGAACUUCGGCGACUGGCAGGUGGAGGUGGGAAGCGAGACGCGCGCGCGCAACCUGGAGAGGGAGUUGCUGGUCGAGGCAGGCGGCAGCCCCGAACUCGUGCGGCAGGACACCCCCGAGUACCACGUGUUUCGCAUUCGCAACUUGCCCUACGCGCGGGAGGUGUUUAGUGUGGCGGUGGAGCACCGCCAGCCCGGGGACGCCGGGGAGAUCGUCGUGCGCACCAGCAACAGGAAGUACUUCAAGCGACUGGCCAUCCCGGAGCUGCAGCGGCGCCAGAUUCCACUUGACCCCGUCCACCUUUCCUACGAGGUGCAGCACAACACAUUGAUUAUUCGCUACAAAAAGCACCUCACGGUGUUAGCAGCGGACGCGGCGGCCAAAAAAGAAAGAGCCGCUCUGCCAGCGAGGCGCAUAGAUGCUGCAGAGGGCGCUGAUGGCGGUGGCGGUGGCGGUGGCUGUGCCCAGCAGUGA